AUGGAGCCCGGGGGUACUCCCCUACGUUACCGGAAGAACGGUCGGCUUCAGGCCUGCGACCCCUGCCGCCGACGUAAAGUCGCUUGCGAUCAUGCCAGCCCGGUCUGCAGCAGCUGCAAGAGGAGGCGGAAGCCAGAGAAGUGCGAGUACACUAUGAGCUCCCCGGCGCAGUUGCAGCCGCAGGACACCUCAGUGCGCGGACCGAGGACCUCGAGCCGCAGUCCCAGUAUUGCGGGCUCAGAUAGGGGUGCCGAGCACCCUCUUACUGGAUCGACUGCUGUCGAAUAUCCUCUGCAGAGAACUAUUCAAUGCGCCAGCAGCGAGAUUGCUGACAGCGGGCUGCAAAGCCACAAUCAUUCAAGUAUCGGGGUGUCAUCCCCAAGCCAGCUGGGGCAGACCUCGUUUGGCGACAUUUAUAGAGAGGUUGGCGAUGGUUUAUCUAGCCCUGACACCGGAGCAUCCAGGCCAAACCAUACCGAUGACGGUACAAUAGGUGCUACCUCACAAAUAAGUAUUACUGAGCUUCCGCCGUCGACUACAACGCUGGAGACGUGUUUAUUCGUCUUGCGCAGUGUCCCCGAAGAAUCCAAGGGCCGGGCGUUGUUGACAUCACACUUCGAUCCUCAUGACGCUUUCGUCCGUCCUGUAGCACAACGCGCUCUGGACAUGUUAUACGAGAACUUUGGAAGCUACUUCGGGGCGACUCCGGACGACGCACAGCUCUCGGAGUUGGUCCGCAUACUGUGCACCAACACGGCGCGGCCGUUUUCGGAGCACGAGGCCGAUGCCGAGGUUUGGAUGGCUCAGUUUACUGGGCCAAACACCCGCUGGGAGACGCUGGGGAUCCUUUUCAUCUACUGGGAGCUCAGUGCCAGAAAUGAGCACCUGGUACGCUCAGAGGCUCGGCCUCCGUCGCUGGAAGGAAGGCCUGCGUCUCUGAGGUUACGGGAUGUGUACCGAAAGUGCAUUAAUGACUGCCAGGCUCUGGCUAGGCGAGCCACUGAAGUUGGGAACACGUUGUUGCUUUAUGUCUACUGGAAACGUACGAUCAUCGCCUCGAUCGUUUCUGGAGAUACUAGCCUCUCAUGCUGGAUGUAUAAUGGCGAGGCAGUGGCUUUGGUGACGUUUCUUGGCCUCCAUGUCGAGACAAAUAAAGGGCCCUACAAGCCAACAUUGGCAUCGGAGAUUAGGAGGCGACUAUUGUACAAGAUUUUCAUCAUUGAUAAAGUUGUCGCCUCGAUCACGGGGAGGCCACCUCUGCUUAGCCGGCGAUAUAUGCUGACUCCUCCGCCUCUGGACCUCAAAGACGACUAUCUGGUUGCGGGCGAGGAGGUCCUGGCGCAAGGUGUCGCCGCACUCGAUGCCAAUGGAUAUAAUACCGAUGGGGCUGGCUAUUCUAUUACAUAUUGGCGAGCCCGGGCGCAAUUAAUGCUCAUCAGAGAUGAGAUAUUUGAGAUUUAUCUCGGAGGUGAGGCGGCUACAACGCCAGACGUCCUAUAUGCUCUCAAGAACAGAGAACUUCAAGCUGCUGCAGACAUGCCAUCCGUGCUAGUGUUCAAAGAAUCCAAUAUUCGAGACCCGGAUAUUGGUUCGGAUAAGUUAUAUCCCAGGUUGCUUAUGCGUUUGGAGCACCUGCAAAACCUCUUCUUUAUAGAAAGGCUUCUGCGACGUCACGGUUGUGACAAUGAGAAGGAUUUGCUGGCUGCCAGUUUCGAAAUGACCUCGACUGCCUUGCUGUUUUGGACGAAUAUGGACGGUCUUGCCAUGGUUUACGAAGAUUUUAAAUGGCUGGUCAUUGCAUACGCAGCUCCGGGCGGCGGAAUCCUCUGCCUUGAACUGCUAAAGCCAUCAGUCACUCUCAACAAUGCAAGCGGUGCCAACGACGAUAUCUCUCGAUCAAGCAUCGUGCAGGUGCUCAGCCUCCUCGUCGGGUUUCUCAACUGGGUCGGUCCGAAGGAGGCGAACGGCAACAUCUGCGCCAACUGCAAGGUCAUUGUACAGCGAGUGCUGGACCAGGCGCUCAACAUGACGCCAAACAACAAUGGCCUGUCUACGGACUUUAUGGACUGGGAUUUUUCGGCGCAGCUGGAUUUCAAUUUUGACUUGUUAGAUACCUUUGAGUGGACGAGGCCAGAGUAUUCGUGGUCUGAUUUAGCUGGUUAG